AUACUUGUAAAAUUGUAGUCCGUGAACCCAGAGAGGAAGAACUGUGCGUGAACCUCAAAAAUAGAUGAAAUAAAUUAAGUUUGCAGACGACAAAUAUGGCAUUUAAUCGAGGAAAACUAAAUACACUAAUGUGAGAACAUGAGCUUCGUCUCUGAUCAAGAUGUAUGCACCGGUCUUGAAAACCUUCCGGUUUUCUUCAAAGGCAAUUUCAGUAAAGAUGAUUUGCCUCUAUUUCAGUACAGUCCAGAGAACGUUCCAGGCCCCGGGUGUGAGACUGACCCAACCGAGGUGACACUCCCAGGAUGCGACUGCCGCUCCCAGUCCUGCCAGCAGGGGAGCUGUUCCUGCCUGCAGGCCCACCGUCAGGCAUACGACCGUCAGGGGCACCUGAAACGGCACUGGGAGGAGGAGACUGAGUACAGCCUGCCGGUGUUUGAGUGUAACGUGCUGUGUGGGUGCAGCGAUGCCUGCGGUAACCGGGUUGUGCAGAGGGGCCUAGGCCUGAGCCUGUGUGUGUUUCCCUCUCACGGUAAGGGCUGGGGGCUGCGCGCUCUGGAGCCCGUCCCUCGGGGGAGGUUUGUGUGCGAGUACGCCGGGGAGGUGAUCGGGAUGGAGGAGGCGCGCCAGAGGCAGCGGGCCCAGAGACCCGGAGAUAUGAACUACAUCAUUGUGGUGAGGGAGCACGGCGGGGGAGGGAGGCUCAGGGAGACCGUGGUGGACCCUGCUGCCGUGGGAAACGUCGGCCGUUUCCUCAACCACUCCUGCCAGCCCAACCUCUUCAUGGUGCCCGUGCGAGUGCACUCACUGGUGCCCAAGCUGGCACUGUUCGCCGGCCGGGACAUUGCCCCCGGAGAGGAGCUCACCUUCGACUACUCUGGGGCCUACAACAACAACCCUCAAGGAAAGGGGUCGCAUCCAUCUCUGAGUGGCCAACCGGCAAAGGGAGUGGGUGAGGAGGAUUUUAAAAGGAAGCCCUGCCACUGCGGAGCCCAGAACUGUAAUCUGUUCCUGCCCCUGGAUGUCUCUAUCAUCAGCAAUACCUAACUGUCAAGACCUUAACAUGGCUUCCACGGUAAAGGGCUUCACCACAAACACAGGCUGGACAUCACUUUGAGCCGUGGCCUUUUUCAUGCCGUAGGUUGAUUAUCGCUGGUAGUGAUAAGUGGCUGCACACAGAUGGCCUUGGGCCAGGGCCUGAAACAUUUUGCAUCAGUAGGCCUGUGUGGUAAAAUAAUGACUGGCUUAAGGACUGUAGUGCUGUGUGGUAAAAUAAUGACUGGCUCAAGGACUGUAGUGCUGGGUUGCUCUGCCCAUAGCAUUGUAAAUGUUUGCAUCGUGCAGUUCCUAUUGCACUAAAAUCAGAAUACUUUACAUAUUACGGGAUUGCACAAAGACUUGCUGAAAGUGAGUACCCAAAAUAAAUAUCAAUUUGUA